CAGUGCAGGGAGGCGUCCUGAUCAGAGCCACAGCCUGCAGCCUGGCUGCAGAAGUCGGGGUCCCCAGGUACUUGCCAGUGUUGGAGCCAGGGGAAGGGAACCCAGGCGUGCACUGGGGCUUGGCCACCCUUGUGCACAGCUAGAGUAAGCUCCCGAUGGGAACCCGGUAGCUUGACGGGGAAGGAGUGGAUUCGGAUCCCAGCUGUGCAAUUUGUUCAUUGUUUGAAUGGACAAAAGGCCGUUCACUCAGGCUCACGGCAUACCUGCCUGGGUGUCCAAAUGUAACCAGAUGCUUUCCCAAACCCCACCCAUCAAGCAGCACAUGUUUUUAAGUCUUCAGUUUUCUAUUCACAUCAGCCUCAUAACACCCACCCUGACCUGCUGUAAAAGACCUGGAACAAACAAAUAUGAGUGCACCCACAGUCAGGAUGCGCUCCGUGUCCUUUUCGCACCUCUUCUACCUGGCCCUCUGCUUGCUCGCCUUCACCGGCUCGGCCACAGCGGGGCCGGAGACUCUCUGCGGGGCGGAGCUGGUCGACGCGCUUCAGUUCGUGUGUGGAGACAGGGGCUUUUACUUCAACAAGCCCACGGGGUACGGCUCCAGCAGUCGGCGGGCGCCCCAGACCGGCAUCGUGGACGAGUGCUGCUUCCGGAGCUGCGACCUGCGGCGGCUGGAGAUGUACUGCGCCCCGCUCAAGCCCCCCAAGUCAGCCCGCUCCGUGCGCGCCCAGCGCCACACCGACCUGCCCAAGACCCCCAAGGAAGUACAUUUGAAGAAUGCGAGUAGGGGGAGUGCAGGAAACAGGAACUACAGGAUGUAGGAAGACCCUGCUGGGGCGUGAAGAAUGACAUGUCACCGCAGCAUCCCUUGCUCUGAGCGAGUCACCUGUUAAACAUUGGGACGCCUCCCAAAAAAUAAGUUUUAUAAUGUUUCAAAGAUGGGCAUUUCCCCAGUGAAAUAUACAAGUAAACAUUCCAACAUUGUCUUUAGGAGUGAUUGUCAAAAACUUUGCACUUGCAAAAAACGGUCCUGGAGUUGGUAGAUUGCUUGUUAUUCUUUAUCAGUAAUGAUCGAUAGAGAAAAAAGUAUUGAUCUUAGUCCCUGCCUCUCAAGAGCCCCAAUGCAUGGUGUCACAUAGAUCCAGCUGCACUAAAUUCCUCUCUCAAUCUUGGCUGCUGGAACCAGUUCAGCAAUCCGUCUAGGUGGUUUAUGAAUUGUUUUCUCAUUUGCACUUCUUUGUGCAUCACACAAACGGUUGGUCUUACUGUGUCUAAUAAUCGCCUAGCUCCACAGCCCCUUCAUAACAUUUACAAUUGGCAAAUUUGGCCUCCUCAAAACCUGUACCUGGCAGGCAAGUCACCCACCAAUUUUUAAUCCAUGUGACUAUGUGUGGCAUUUGUACCAAAUAUAGGUUGAUGCAUUUAUUUUAGACACAAAGCUUUCAUUUUCCCACAUCAUGCCACAAAAAAAAAAAAUUCAGGCAAAAUAGUUACAACUUUGAGGCCAGUCAUUUUUAGAUGUAUGUUCCAAAUGUAGAAAGUCUAUUAAACUCUCAGUGGUUCCUGCAAAGGAUGAGUUAGUGUGCAACCUGAUUGUCCUUCUCAUUUUAUUUUUUCCAUAUAGAGCACUAUGUAAAUUUAGCAUAUCAAUAAUACACAAUAUCAAACCGUAUGUAAAACUCUGUUUUUUUUUUUUAGUACAAUGGUGCUAUUUUGUAGUUUGUUAUAUGAAAGAUCUGGUCAAAACGGUAAAAGGUGAAAGCAAAGCACAAGGGAAAACCUGGAGCCAAAGACGGCGCAGAGGGAAGAGGAGGGGAGAAUUCUAUCUCUUGGGGAAGAGUGCAGACUCCUCAGGUAUCUUUGCAAGGGGCUUCAGAUGGGGGAGUCCACUGGCAGAUUGAACCCCUGAGCCACAGGAAACUGUGGAAUGCAAAGAGUACAAGGCCAGGAAUUUUAAGACCUGGUUUCUUUUGCUCACUGAAGAAACAAAUAACUAUAGCUCUGCCAUGGACUCACCGCUGUGGGACCUCGGGCAAGUCCCUUCACCUCUCUGUGCCUGUUUCCUCAUCUGAAAAAUCGGGGCAAUACGUCAUCUACCUACCUCAAAUGGGUGGUAUGAGGAUUAUCAAGAUAACACUUCAGAUCUUUAUCCCGCUUUCCAUGAGGGUGCAACAUCAGAGCCUCUGGAUUGCUGUGAUGCAAGGAAUUCUACCAACAACCCCUUCCCCACAUGGCUAGAGACUCACUAACUUAGGACUGCCAUAGCCCAGUGCCCGUCCAACCAACCAACUAGGUUUUAAAAGCUAACACCACGAUCUCUUUCAAACACUUUCCAAAAUGUUAGAAACAUUGGAUUUAAUAUUUGGUUUUGAAUUCUACCUUUGAACCUAUGAAUAGAAAGCUAAGUGAAUAUAAAGAAAGGAAAAGUUAAAAAGUAGAGAAACAAAAAGAUUUCCACCAGUGAAAGGGAAAUUGAUUAGUCUGUUAGCUCUCACUGAUUCUUCUGCACAGUUAUAAUCAGUCUAGUAACACCUCUUUUAAUAUUAUAAAGUACACUCUAUUCAUUUUGAAAAAUACAUUUUCCUUCUCUUUAGACAAAAUAAGAAAAAUGGCCCAGGAUUUUAAAUAUUGAAAUAAUAUCUAAUAAAAAAGUCACAAAUGAACUUUCCUUCAUUGUAUUCUUAUCCUUAGUUGUAUAUACAUACUUUUUAAAAAAUUUUGUUAAAAUAUGCUAACUAGAGUUGCUAGUUGAGAGGCAAAAAUUUUGUUCUCAACCUUGAAAUUUCCCCUCCUGUUUGCCCAGCUCUCUGCUGCUGGGUCUUAGACAUACCAUUGGCACCCAAAAACCUCCAAGUGAGGACCAGGCCAUCUGUGGGAGCCUAAAAAUUGCUUCUGGUCUGUGGAUUAAAAUUUCUUUAUAGAAUAAUGAAUUAUUCAGCAUUCAGAUCUUUCAUCUCCCUUAGACUUUUUGGUGAAAAGCUCAGCAGGUUCGAUAACCUCACCCAAACUGUGUGCUUUAUAUUGUUGCAAGUGUAUAUGAAAAACAGUAUCGACAUCAUUUGUGCCCGUCUUCCCCUGGGUUAUCUCACGGUUCAGAGGCCAGGAAGAGAGCAAAGCUUCCCCAGCUCGGUGGUAAGUAGAAGGCACUGUUCAGUGUAGCCCACCUACCCUGUGCCUUCUCCAGCCCAGGCCCCUCUGUCCCCAGUGCCCUUGGGGCAGUGUCCCUUGGCGAGCUCAGCAAGGCUCUGACCGCUCUGGGGAGGUAGGGAAGAAACUGAGGCUGCCCUCCCCUCUGCUGGUCCUCCGGGGUGGGCUCUGCAGAUGACCAGCUGGCCUCCUCUCCCGAGAUGGCACCUGGGACUUUUACUUCUUGUUCUCAGAGUACCUUUUAAAAUUGCCAACUCCCAAAACACUUUACAGGGAGUCUUCUGCAGAUUUACGAGUUUCCUGACAUGGCUGGAUGUGGUAAUUUUAAGAGUGUCUAUGACUUACUUUAAUUCUACAAACAGUCAAAAACUUUCAAUGAGAAAAGCUUAAAUAUACAAUGCCUUGUCAUCUUUUAACUUUUUCCAACACAUAAUCCUCUCCAGUUGAAUCAUAAAUCAACUAAUAAAAAAUUAAUCGUACUGGCUAUGCAUGGUGGCAUAAGCCUGUAAUCCCAGCAUACUGGAGGCUGACUCAGGAAGCUCAUGAGCUCAAGGCCAGCCUGGGCAACAUGGCAACUUAGUGGGACCCUUUCUCAAUCAGUCAAUCAACUAGCCCAACAUUUUACUUCCAAAUGAAUUAACACUAGAAGAUAAAUCAGUGUAAACCCUGAGGGGCAACUGAUCCUUGUGUACUGCAGCAGAAUGACCUGGAAUUAAUUGGUGCAAGGGAAUACCUACAGUUUCACAACUCAAACUUAUAUCACCUUUCCUAUGGAACCAUAUUGCUUUAGCAUCUAGAAAUGUGGCAACCAGAAGAUGUUUAUGUAAGAACUGUCAAUAUUGGUAAGAAUGAACUUUCAGCUAAUAGGUUUAUUUCCAAUUUAACUGACAUUACUCAAUACCUAGGUUAAAUUUUGGUCCUUCUUCUCCAAAUACUACAAAUUAUUAUUUAAACAUGUUUAGAUGAAGCAGUUCCACUGAAAAAGUUAAUUCAGCUCUGUGUCAGAUUCCAGGCUUUUAGGGUGCAAGAAAAAUCCAAUGCCCACCCACUCUAUUACCCCCCCCACACACACACACACACAGUCCAACAAAAUACUGAGAAACCCCUUCCUUGAAAGUUUGAUUGAAGACAAAAAACCAGAAAAGCCUGACCUCCUCUGGUUCCCCUCCCCUCCUUGGAAAGUUGGUGUCCUGUAGAUGAAUCCAUCACCUGUUCUGAAGCUCCAGGGUUUCUGUUACUGGCUUAUGCACUUCAGAGACUUUGAAAGAAAGUUGUAGUGUAUUUUGCUCUCCCAUUUAUUGUUUGGCCAGCUAUGCCAAUGUGGUGCUAUUGUUUGUUUAAGAAAGUACUUGACUAAAAAAAAAAAAAAGAAAAAAAAGAAAGCAUAGACAUAUUUUUUUAAAGUAUGAAAACAAUUCUAUAGUUAGACGGCUUGAUAAAAUAGCAUUAGGUCACCACCACCUUUCAACUUAUUGUCACUUCUAAGAAUUGUUCACCAAAUGGCGAGAUUGGGUUACAGGGACAGAAGGUGGAAAAUUAGGAAAGGUGAAAGCCUUCAUGGUGUGUUGGCUCUCAGACUCAGCAAAAUUAGCAAUAUGUUAUUCGGUCUGAAGACUUUGAUGAAGAGUAUGGAGUUUAAAUAAAAGGGAAAAAGAUCUUAAAGGCAAAUGGCAAAAACUAAAAAGGAAGAUUUUGUUGCUUCUUGAUUUUGUAUGUGUGCGUGUGCGCUCUGCUCUACAACAGAUAUUCAAGCAAGUACAGAAAAUUAAAAUGAGAAAAAUACAUCGAUUCACUUACUCCUAAAAAUAGCUCCUGCCUCGUCCUCCUUGGGGAGGCUCUGGUGUUGACAGCCUCCCUGAACCCUAACAUCUCAAAGGGCAGUAGCACUCAGAAAGCAAUCACUGAUCCCGCUGGGGAAGGAUGGAGCGUUUUCCUCAUGAGAGGGGGUUAUCUACUGAUCAUGAAAGAGAAGAAUUUAUGAGAAAUUGUUGAAAGAGAUGGCUAACAAUCUGUGAAGAUUUUUGUGGGUUUUUUUACUCUAUACAGUCUUUAUGAAUAUCUUAAUGUUCAAAAAUGACUUAUUCUUUUUCUUCUUUUUUUCAUAUUGGAAUAAGGGAUGAUAAGUUAAACCCACAUAGGCUUUUUAAACUAUAGGCUAGAUAGGAAUGUAUGUUUGACUUACUGAAUCAGACUAUUUAAAAUGUUUUGCUAUUUUUAAUCUUAAAAGACUGUCCUAAUUUAUUAGAGUAGAACCUAUUUGGCUCUUCUCAUAUGAAAGUACAUUUCCAUUCUAAUCCCACGGGCUCUCCCAACAGUGUUUUCAAAAAACAAAAAAAAAAUCUGAUUUAUCUUUUGGCAUCAUUCACUUUAAAGUACAGUAGAAGAAUACGAGUCACUAUUCCCCUCCUCUUCGAUGAUCAUGGAAGUCCAAGGUCAGAGGGGGCAAAAACAAAAGAAAAAUUGUGUAGAUUCUUGUGUUUGUUUAUAUUUUGUUUUCAAUGCUAGUGUUUCAUCCUAUAGUACCUAUUUGCUUAUAGCUAUUUUGAUAUUCUAUAAAAUUUUCCUGUUAGGUAUUAGAAAUUGAUACAUAGAUACUGUUUUUGUGUGGUUUCUAUUUAAAAAGAAAAAAAUGACAAAAAAGAUUGAAGCUUUAAAUGCAUAUGGUACAGGAUAAAGAUACCAACUGAAGUAACAAACUCUGUUUAUAGAAUAAUUCCCCCUGCAUACGCACACGCACACGUUUUAAAAGGAAAACUCACAGAUAAGGCAGAGGCCUGGGAGGGUUUUGAAGCCACCCUUACUCCCCUCGAUUCUUUUCAAAAUCUGUGUCAGCAUUGUGUAGAUGGCCCGGUGCUGAAAGGCCAGAAUUAAAGGGACCUCUUUAAAAACACACUUCACAUGUUUCCUGAUUACACUGAUCUUAAAUAUGGCCCUUUUCUCUCCUUAUUCUUCAAUUGUCAUGGACACGAAUUUUCCCAAAGGGAAAAAGAGAACACAAAAGUCUAACUCUUGCUGCCCACUGAAAUAUGACCUAAGAUGGAAAUAGCUUGUUUUACUUAAAUCUCCAGGCUGACUCACCUUCAGGGUGACCUUUCACAACCCUUAGGUUUUUGCCUUUGGUUGAAUUGCUGGGCCUAAAAGCAAUCAUUAUACAUUUCUUUCGCCCCAAAUGCACUGAUAUAAAGUAGGAAAAUGAAAAUUGGGCUCUCAGAUCCCUUCCAAACCACCCACCAACCCCGCUCACCUAUGAUAGGGAAGCCACAUCUGUUGAUCUCUUAAUCUAAUUGUGUUUGGAUGUUUAUCUUGUACCUGCUGCUACAGUGCACUGCAGGAGGGAACUCUGAAGCCUCAAGCUGUUUACUCCACAUCCCUUCUCUGUGUCUAUGUAUCAUUAAAACGUCUAUUCAAGGUAUCAAAAAUGUUCAAAUGUCAUGCAGUUUAUAUUCGGUCGACAUAAAAGCCCCAAAUGCCAUGUCAGAUCUCUUUUUUUGCUAAGAGAGUUAAUGAACUAUGAGAAUUGGGAUUACAUCAUGUAUUUUGCUGCAUGUAUUUUUAUCACACUUAUAGGCCAAGUGUGAUAAAUAAACCUACAGACACUGAAUUAAUUUUCCCUGCUACUUUGAAACCAGAAAACAAUGAUUGGUCAUUCAUUGUAUCCAUUUGAGUUUGAAAGCAUAUUUUUACUAAAUUAUUUCUGAUUAUAUUUGAAAUUAUUAUUCAAUUUAUCUAUGACAGAAAUAUCAGCCCUAAUGACUUCGAGAAAUGUAACUAACUGAAUCAUUAUCUUCCAUUUAAUGUUUCAUAAGCAUAUUUUGAAAAUGUAUGGCUAGAGUGUCAUAAUAAAAUGGUAUAUCUUUCUUUAGUAAUUACAUUAAAA